GCAGUCUGUCCCGACUGAUGGGCGUGCGUCGUGAAUGUCUGCUCUUCGUGCUAGCCUGUGUGAGGCUGGAAACCUGUGGCGCCUUCUUGGAGCGUUAUGCCGAUACCUUUAGCAGACAAGCACGCUUCGUGGAACUUACUGAGCAGAAUGCGACAUUCGCGGCAGCGGCGCUGCGUCGGCCUCCGCGAAGUCAGCUCCAGCACUUGGUUGUGGUGGCUACGUCGUUCUCAGCCCCACCGACUGCAGUGCCGGUUCUUUCUCACCGGUUCUUUGUCCGCGGAGAAGGCAUCACAGCAGGAGUGGUGGCGCACUUUGCGGCGUACAGACUGUGGCCAGACCAGGAGCUGUUCCCAGACAAAUUGUCCGACCUGGGUGGACGCAGUUUAAAGGCUGUAACUUUUCACUAUCCGCCGAAGAACAUGCUGCUGCAGGCCGCUGAUGGAUCCACGAUACACGACGGUCUCGAAAGUCGACUAGUACUCGCCUUCGCGUCAGUGCUCAACUUCGUGGUGAACUUCACCACUCCCUCAGACGGUGGCAUGUGGGGAGGCCGGGCAGUCGACGGCACGUGGAAUGGCCUUCUUGGCGACCUGCACCACGACCGCGCUGACAUCGGCAUGGCUAACCUCUUCCGCUCUGCCGACAAACUUCGCGGUAUCGACAUGACAGUACCAUACAUGACGGACUACGCUUGUUUCUUGGCGGCUGUCCCGGAACCACCGCCUCACUACUUGGCGCUAGUGAGACCCCUCAGCUGGCGCGCCUGGAUCGCCACGAUUUUCGCCUUCGUCGCCUCUGUUCCCGUGCUGUGGGCGCUGUCUGGUACCGCAGAUCGUCGCUUCAAGAGCUUCACCUACACUGCGUUUUACGGGUUCGGUGUGCUGAUGCAGGAAGCCAUGGAGGCUGUACCGAGGCUUCGGAGAGCGCAGUUGUUCCUGGGCCAGUUUUGGGUGUUGGCGAUGGUAGUGGCAUAUGCAUACCGGGCUAACUUGGUGGCGUACCUGUCGGCGCCAGCACCGGCAAUACCUCUGGACACCACGCAUCAACUCCUUGCAAGCGGACUGACUUGGGGGGUUCGCGCAGGCGGUGGAUGGGAAGCCUGGUUCCAGGACUCUCCCGAUCCAGUGGCACGUCGUCUCGCCGACGGGAUGCAGUUCGUCAGGAGCUUCUCCGAGGGCGUGGAGCGUUCACGACGUUCCCGCUUCGCCUUCAUCAACUCGAAACAAUCGCUACAGUAUCUGGUGGUGACAGACUUCACUGACUCACGUGGCAUCGAGUCCAUGCACGUAUCCAGCGAAUGCUACAUCCCUUUCAGCGUAGCGCUUGGUCUACCCAAAUACUCUCCGCUCACCGGUAAACUAAACCAGAUGAUCCAACGUGCCAUCCAGGCCGGUCUCGUGGACAAGAUGUUUGACGAUGUCCUCGCAGGUGUACAACGUCGCCAAGGUCGUCGCGCGGCGGAGGGUCAGGGGCACACUGACGCGCUCUCACUCAAUCUAUCACAUAUGCAAGCACCACUUGGUCUUCUGGUACUCGGUCUUAUUGCCUCCACUGUCGCAUUCAUGGUUGAGCUGCUCUUGGGUCGACUAAGACCGGUACGCAGCUGCAAGGAGAAGACCAUGUGGGCUACCCCCGUCGCUACAUCUCUUCCGCCGCUGAGGCGAGCUGGUGGUUCAGAAAAUGGGAUCAAGGAUACAAGAAGAUGUUCGAGUUCGCAACCCUCCACUAGCCAAGACAACUCGUGUGACGGGGACACAAAGACAGAAAGCAGACCACGCAUACUACUCUCUGAAGACUGAUCGAUCAGAUGCGUAGAAGACAUCGACACUUAAGUUAUCUUUAUUUUCCAACCUCCACAGGGCUUUAAUGUGCCUGCGUUAUAUUUUACAUGACAUUUUGAGGCGACAGGUAGUGCCAGUCUGCGGACCAGUCCCAUCACGAAGUUUCUUCACUUUUCUUCUGUAUUUGGUGUUGCGUGAUGCCCUCACAUUGCGAGCGUGCCUAAAACGUAGAAAAUAUGACGGAAAAUUGUCAUUGUCAUGUAUAUUUUUGAGUGGAGUCACCCUACAGUUGUAUAACCAUGAAACGAACGCAGUCACGAACGUAUUUUGCAUCAAGAAGCAGCGUUUUCAUUUGUUAUUGAGUGAUGAUAUAAUGCUAGGAAGAACCGCCCGUUUGUUAACGAAGUUUAAUUGGAGAAUACUGCACACUGUCCACCCACAAGUCCGGCUGGACCUUUAAUAAACUAAAAUAAUUACGGAGCGAGCGAAGCGAGCGUAGUCUUUCCUUAGAUUAACGGAAAUUUCUGAGUAUGAGCGGCCGGCCGGCCGGCCGGCCGUGCGGACGCUUUUGCGAGGCUUAUAUCUCAGCAACCACUUGACCGAUUUACACGCGGUAAUUUUUGUAGGGUAGCUUCAUUCCUUCUACCAAGUAUUGGACUAUUCCCGAUGCAUGUGGGUGACCCCUUAUGCACGUGCGUCGUGCCACGUGCAAAACGAAGCGGUGUCACUUUUGUAAUUGUUGCAAUAUCUCGGUAACUACUUGGCCGAUUGCGCUGAAAGUUGGCAUUUAGGUAGGCACCCACUAGGCAAUGCGUAUCCAUGUGCCAGAGUUGGGGUGCUGCUGCACGUGCGCACGUGCAGGGGUCGUUUCCAGAUCUCGAGAACGGCUGGACCGAUGGCGCUCAAAUUUGGUACACAGUUAGGGACCGGUUAGUAGGGUGCCGUGCAAAAGUCAGUCGGGACCCAUUUUGCACGUGCGCACGUGCAGGGUACCGCUUCCAGAUCUCGAGAACGGCUGGGCCGAUUGUGCUCAAAUUUGACACAUCGCUAGAGACCGGUUAGUAGGGUGCCGUGCACAAGUCAGUUGGAGGUACCCCCUCGCAUGUUCGCACGUGCAAGGCCCACCCUCUCGCUCGCUCCGUUAGUCGCCCCAAAAGGCGUUAUACUGGUUUUAGUGAGCUGACUACACAACCAGCAGCAGGGAUGGAGAAAGGUAUUUGUUGCUCGUUAUUCAGCGCCCGCCCUUACAAGAUCGCAGUGCAAGACUGCAACGAAUACCGCAUUGACUGUUCACUAAUAUGGCAAUGAAAGGCACGACCAGUAACCUCUUACGACAGUGCCAGCGCACUUUCCUUUGACGAACGCGACACAAGGGAAACCAUCAAUCCAUUGCACUGUCUCAGUCCAUCGGCGUGGAAGCUAAAUGAUGAUUCUUGUUCUAUCAGCUCUAAAGCGGUAAAGUAGCAUCGGUGUUUUACCAUUAAUCAGCUAGCAAUGGUGCGUUGGGUGUGCUGAUGACCGUUGGAAUAAAGUGUGAUCCAUGGAGUUGAAUCGAUCGCUCUGUCAUUUGAGUCAAACUCUGUCAUGGCGCAAAAUGAGGGUAUGCGAAGCAGUGACGGAAUAAAAUGUACUUUUUGCGCUGAGGUCACUGGCUAUGACCUGGCGACCUGACUCGGAUAUUUUGCAAUAUACGGAAGUGGACGUCA